AUGACAGACAACGCUGUCCCGGCGUCUUCCGAGCCAGGGUCAGAAUUCUCAGAUGUCUUGCUUGUCCAGACGAAACUCGAGCAGUAUGGGUUCACAGCGUUGCCUCGCAAACCCUGUUGGAUCAACCUUCUGAUGCCUCCCGAGCUCAUCAUGGAGAUCCUGGCCUAUCUACCUUUGGGAGAUAGCUUCUCGAUGACGAGAGUACAUACGAACCCCUCCAACAUCCCAGUGCAUCACUCGGACUGCGCAAGGACGGACGAGCACGAAGCGGAUUACUACGACAUCCGUAUUUCUGUAGUUCAGGAAGAAGGCGACUAUGGCAACUGCAUUGCCGGGGCGCUCUUCCCGAACGGGUGUUACCAGUACUGUUCAUCCGGGUAUUGGAACUACCUGGACGUCCUACGGGUGUGCCGGUUCUGGCAUUCGAGCGCCGAGUCUAGUCCCAGCUUCUGGACACAUAUUCCUUCGCAAUCGUUGAACACGGUUCACCGGUCCUUGAAGCUUUCAGGAGCCUUGCCACUCUUUAUCGUUGCCGACGACGACCGUCACUGGCCUUCCUCAUUGGCAUUCACCACUGCACUCAACAGCCUACCGCGCAUCUGUGUGCUGGACAUCACGUAUGUCAUGAAGCUCAGGAAACCAGGCGCCAGAAGGAAGAAAGCUCGAUGGGACAUGCAUAACGUACUCGACGCGUUCACGAAGCUUGGCGCCCCCGCUCUUCAAGCCCUGUCACUUCUACAUUGGAACGCAGAAACCCUCACGACUGAACAAUGGGUCGAGAAACAUUUCCCAUCCUUAGAGGUUGUGAACAUCAGUAGCCUGCGGAUAGCUCAUCCGUGCAAGCUACUUGUCCCGACUCUCACUGAGCUCAGGUUGACUGAUUGCGUGGGUCCCUGGGACAAUGUUGAUCAGCUCCUGCGUAGUCUGGCUCGUAUGCAACAUCUGCGAGUACUGGAUCUGCAAGGAACAGUCCUCCCCGCCGAUUUGGAUCUGGACGACUGCCCUUUACCAGCCGAUUUAGCGACCCCCGUCUCCUUCAUCUCUCUGCGUUAUCUAGGUCUCGAAGGGUCGUUUCGCUGCGUGAACAGGCUUCUUUCAAUGCUUUCCGUACCGCCCGGAAAGACGUCCUUAUACAUCUCGUUCGUGAGCGGUUGGCGGCCGGAAGACCAUGGCGAUCGAACAAGGACCUCCGACUUCAUCUCAUCUUUCCCUGCCACCAUGCCGCGCGGCGCGUACUUUACCUCGAUCGAUCUGGAUCUCGACUUCAGUUCUCGCAUCAUAGAGCUCAACCUCAGCGAACUACACAACCCAGCUACAGAUCCUUGUGCGGAGGAUAUUCAGUUGAGGCUCGAAUGGCAUGGCGACGAAGACGUGUUCUGUGGGCAGAUGAUGAGGUUUCUGCGCGCGAUGGUGGAUACGUCGAUCGCGGCCAGCCGCCAAACCUGUGUUUUGUACAACCACUCAGGCUCUUACCGGGGAAACGAUGGUCCAGGAUUGGGUCCCGAUAAAUAUCUGUCGAGCCUCGCAAGACUGACGGACGUUACCGUCGUACGAUUGUCGAGCGAGAAAGCGGCAAGCCUCUUCUUUCAUUGGAUGACGAAAAGACGUCGACGAGGACAGGGCGCACUUCCUUUUCCAGCGCCGGAAAGAGUGUCACUCUACAACGCCGACCUGCGAAGUGAAACCUUCUAUCGCAGGACAGCGGCACGGCCAGAACAUGGCAUCUUGUAUGCUCAACUAUGGCAUUACCUCCAUCACUUCAGGACCCAAUCCUUGUCCCUAUCGACCGUAACCGCGUCGCCACGUAUGCUUGCUGAACUCAAACGUCUGGUACCUUCGCUGGACAUAUACAGCUCCGUUCGAAGAGCCCAGGAGCGCGAGCGGUGCGAAGUGCGUCAAACAGUACACACGCAAGAGCUGCUCUAUAUAUAUGGUGCAAAGAAGGGUGACGGGUCACGACAAUUGUCACGUAUUGUGUCCGCGCCGAGAACGAGGAUGUUCUGGGAGUGGGAAGAUACAGUCGUCGCGCCAACGAUAUGA